GCCAGUAUCGAAUGAUCUUCCGGAAGAGAAACAAUGAAAACUUUUUUGUUCUGGGUUCUGUGCUGGAACCAUAUUUGUGGGAGUCAAAGUGAUCUCGAUUGGUGGAGAACUGCUAAUUUUUAUCAAAUCUAUCCAAGAUCUUUCAAAGAUUCAAACGGUGAUGGAAUAGGAGAUCUUAAUGGGAUUACCGAAAGGCUGCCUUAUUUAAAAGACCUAGGGAUUCAUGCUGUAUGGCUGUCUCCAAUUUUCAAAUCACCAAUGAAAGAUUUUGGCUAUGACAUCUCUGACUUCUACGAUAUCCAACCGGAAUAUGGAACGUUACAGGAUUUUGAUCGACUCAUAAGAAUAGCUCAUGAUCUUAAUUUAAAGAUCCUUUUAGAUUUUGUCCCUAAUCAUUCAAGCAACGAAAAUGAAUGGUUUGAGAAGUCAGCAAAUCGAGAUCCAGAUUUUGAGGAUUUCUAUGUGUGGCAUCCUGGAAAGGAUGAUCCUUCAGAUCCUACUAAAAAGGUGCCUCCGAGCAAUUGGCGAAGUGUAUUUCGUGGAAGUGCCUGGACUUAUCAUAACAAAAGAGGAGAAUACUAUCUACAUCAAUUUGCACAUUUUCAACCUGAUCUGAACUAUAGGAAUCCUAAAGUCGUGGAUACUAUGAAAGGCGUUCUAAGGUACUGGCUCGAUAAAGGUGUUGAUGGUUUUCGUGUCGAUGCCGUUCCAAAUUUGUUUGAAAUUCUUCCUCAAAACGAUCAUUACCCCGAUGAACCCCAUAGCAGUUUGACAGAAGAUGAAAAUAGUUUUGAUUAUCUGCAGCACAUAUAUACAAUGGAUCAGCCCGAAACAGUUGAGAUGCUCUACCAGUGGCGUGAAGUUUUGGACGUUUACACCGCAAGAGACGGAAACAUGAGAACCAUGCUAUCAGAAUCUGAUUCAGAAAUCAGUAUCCUUAUGACUUAUUACGGAGAUGGAAUUCGGAAUGGAUCACAUGUUCCCUUCAAUUUCAAACUUCUGUUCAAUCUCAACAAAAACUCCAAUGCAAUUGACUUUAGGAAUACCAUUCAUAUUUGGUUGGACAACUUACCUGAAGGAUGUGUUGCCAACUGGGUCAUUGGAAAUCAUGAUCGUAACCGUGUAGCAAAUAGAUUUGGAAGCUCCCGUAUUGAUCUUAUUAACAUGAUCAUCAAUACUCUUCCUGGAAUCAGUAUCACCUAUUAUGGCGAAGAGAUCGGUAUGAUGGAUGUCUUUGUUACAUGGGAAGACUCAGUCGAUCCUGCUGCAUGCAAUUCGGAUCCGGAUCAUUAUUUAGAAUUUUCACGUGAUCCUGCACGUACUCCUUUCCAAUGGGAUGAUUCCACAAGUUCGGGUUUCUCAACAAAUCCGAAAACUUGGCUUCCGGUCUCCCCUCUGUACAAAGAAGUCAACGUUAAAGUUGAACGUUCAUCUCGAAGAAGUCACUACAAAGUCUACCGGAAGCUUCUUCAAUUGAGGCGAACACCCACUCUUCAGAAGGGAAACGUUGAAACCCGGACUCACGGGCAGAAUGUACUGUCUAUCACUCGAAGUUAUCCUGGUGAGGAUACCUUCAUCACACUGGUGAACAUUGGACCUGAUCACGAAAUGAUUGACCUACGGGAACUCUUCUCUGGACGGUUAAUCUUUCACAUCGUCUCUGUAUCCUCGUCUAGGCAAGAAGGAGAUGUUGUCCGAGUCCCAAUUUUGAAUUUAGAUCCAUAUGAAGCAAUUAUUCUCAAAGGGGCUAUACAAUAUUAAAAAUUUGAAAUUGAGAUCACUAUUCAAAUGAUCUUCUAUUUUUUUGCAAGUGGCGUAAAUAUAUUUAAAAAAAAUCUUUUGUGUUAUGUAGUCGUACAACAGAUUGCUGAAGAUUUGUUAAAAUGAGAGAUAAGUGUUCAGGACUUUAAAUUAUUUAUGUUGAGCCGACUGUUCAGUCCAUUGUAUUCAAUCCCUGUUUGUUAUAACUCUAUUUUAGUGUCCAAGACGAAAGACAAUAAAGCUCCUGCUUGGAAGGUUUUAAUAACGCUGGCAGGCAAAUAGA